AUGUACAUUCAAUGUAAUAGAUUCGUCAUGUUUUCCCCACCAAUUUUGGUACCUGGAAGUGAAAAUCGAGCAUCACAAUCUGAAACCCAUUCUAUGUCUGUUGGAAGUACUUCUGAUUCCUUUAAGACUAUGACACCACCGAAUGUAAGCAGAUCACUUAGUAACCAACCAGUGGAUCAACAUCUUCGACGAAGCAGUGUUCAAGUUCAAUCUGCAACAUUACCUAAACUUCCAUCAACAGAGUCUCUAUCAACAACUGUAAAUUUUGCAACUGCUGCACCUCCACUAUCUCCAGUCUUUAGAUUCUUCUAAAUUAACAAGAAAAGAAUCAUACAAAGCUCAAAGGAAGAAUUACCGAAUGGAGAAAAAAAGAGUGGCUAAUGAACUCUUAAGCUCAUUUAAAGAUCCAACUGUUAUUGUGAUGAGUGAUUGGCUUAAAGUUCGUGGUACAUUAAAAAGUUGGACAAAACUAUGGUGUAUUCUGAAGCCUGGUUUACUACUGUUAUACAAAAGUCCAAAAACAAAAAGUAAUCAUUGGGUGGGAACGGUUUUACUUAAUACAUGUCAAGUAAUAGAACGUCCAAGUAAGAAAGAUGGAUUUUGUUUUAAAUUAUUUCAUCCUUUGGAACAAUCAAUAUGGGCUCCAAGAGGUCCGGAAAAAGAAGCUAUUGGUGCUGUUGUACAACCUUUACCAACGUCUUACUUAAUAUUUAGAGCACCUUCACAGGCAGCUGGUAAAUGUUGGUUGGAUGCACUUGAAUUAUCUUUACGUUAUUCAUCUUUGAUAGUGCGUUCAACAAGUGCAUUGCCACGUACUCUACCACAUGACACUACAACAACUCAUGAAACUCAAUGGAGUGAAGCAGAUUAUGAAAAAUACUUUGAUGAACAUGGUAGGCAUAACAAAGUAACAUCUUUUGUAACAUAUAAAAUUAAUGUUAUAUUAUAUAAAACACUAGAUUUUAUUAAACUACUUUUUGUUCCUUUAAGAAAUUUACCUCAUAUAGAAAUAUGCUUGUCUAAUUAUGCUCCUCGUUCACCUACAACACCUCAAAGACGUUUAUUAUCAUGUCCUCAGCCUUUAAUAUCUUCUAUACCGAAUGAUCCUAAAAGUGUUUGUCCAUCACCGACUCCAAUGUUUCAGCAGCUAUAUCAUGCAAUAGCAUAUUGGGACAAACAAUUUCGCGAUAAAUCUCCACUGGUAGAUGCAGAAAUUACUUUAUCUUCAAAUUCUGUAGAUUUAUUAGGUGAUGGAGAUACUUAUUCCCAUUUUGAUUCUUCUACCUCUAAGCCUAUUCCGUCUUGCACUCGGCGCAUGACUGUUCCCUCUGUACAUGUCCUGGAGUAUGAUAGCCCAACAGUAGUAACGCUAGCUCCUAUGCACUCCUCACAUACAGACCUGGACGAUAUUAGCCAGCCAGAAAAUGGAGUAGCAGCUGAUGCAGAAAUUAGUGCUUCGGACAGCGAAUCUGAAGGAUCAGCUAAAGAAGAUCAACAAGAAACAAUUAACGAAACUCCAUAUGCUGCUAAUGAACAAGAAGUCCUUGGAGCGGCUGGAGAAGUUGUUACGGAAUUACAGGAAGAACAAAAAUCUUUAAUAUGGUUCUUAAUGAAACAAGUUCGACCAGGCAUGGAUUUAUCAAAAGUAGUCUUACCGACCUUUAUUUUAGAACCUCGUUCAUUUCUAGAAAAAUUGGCUGAUUCUUAUUACCAUGCAGAUUUAUUGUCUCAAGCAGUAGUGGAAGAUGAUGCAUUUACACGUAUGAAAGGUGUUGUUAAAUGGUAUUUAUCUGGAUUUUAUAAAAAACCUCAAGGUUUAAAAAAACCAUAUAAUCCGCUUUUGGGUGAAACUUUCCGCUGCUAUUGGCAACAUCCUGAUGGUUCGAGGACUUUCUAUAUAGCUGAACAGGAAAUUCAACAUCAGCAGUUUUAGAUGGUGUUGCAAUACUAACAAUGUUGCCUAGAGGAGAAGAUUAUACGAUGACAAUACCUUAUGCCCAUUGUAAAGGAAUUCUUAUGGGAACAUUGUCUAUGGAAUUAGGUGGAAAAGUUCACAUAAAUUGUGAGAAGACAGGCUAUCAUACUGAACUAGAAUUUAAGCUUAAGCCAUUUCUUGGAGGUGCAGAACAAAUGAAUCAAGUUGUAGGAGCAAUACGUUUAGGAAAAGAAACUCUUGCCACUGUAUCAGGUUAUUGGGAUGGUCAAAUACUGAUUACAGAUAAAAGAACUAGGCAAGAAAAUGUAUUCUUCAAUCCUACUCCAGAAGUACGCAAAAAAAGAUUGAAAAAAUACACUGUGCCUUUAGAACAUCAAGGUCCAUGGGAAAGUGAGAAAUUAUGGAUUGAUGUUACUCAGGCAAUUAAUCGAGAUGAUCAAGUGGCUGCCACUGAAGCAAAAACUCAAUUGGAAGAAGCACAAAGAGAACGUGCUAAAGAACGAAAAAUUAAAGGACAAGAAUGGAUUUCCAAGCAUUUUGUUCAGGAUAUUAUAACAGGUAAUUGGGUUUAUCGACAUGCGGACGUUCGACCAUGGGAUCCUAGAAAUGAUGUUGUACAAUACGAACAAGAUUAUAUAGUGCGUACGAAAACUAGACACAAAACACCAAUUAUGCGUACUGGUAGUAUCGUAUCUGCUGAACCACAGACACAGGUGCCACUUCUUCAAGCUGAUUCACGUUCUUCGCUUUCUGUAUUAAAAUCUUCUAAAAGACAAUUGUCUAAUAAUUUACCAUUAACAGAGACCGCUCAUGAUUCUGGAAGUUCUUCUGCAGAAGUACACUCAGAUUCUAGUCAGUCAGUAGGUAAAAGAAAACGUUCUACAGCACGGAUAAUAGAUAUUAUUAAAGAUGUAGAAAGACAAAUGUUAGAACAUGGUGAUAGACUUAAUCGUAUACAACACAUAUUAGAACAACUUGCUAUAAAACAAAGAGAACAAGGUGAUCAACACCAUAGUAUAAGUAUGUUGAAAAGCUUCAUAGAUACGAUUCUUGUUAUUAUAAUAGUUUUCUCUGUACAAUACUUUGUGGUCAUAUUUCAAUAACACCGCAGAUGAUAUUUGCAGCAUUAAAAAAGCUUCAAUUACGUAAAGUUUAUGUUCCAUUAAAUCUUAUUAGCGAAUAUUUACGUCGUUCUUAUCCAGUUGAAAAUAAUGUAAAAAUAUUUACUGAGGAAUUAAAAAGAAAAUUGAAUUGUGCUGUACAUGUCGGAUUAAUAUUAAAACAUGCAGAGGAUUCGUAUUAUUUACCUACUCUAAGACAAGAAGCAAAUGCACUUAAAACAGCAUUCACUGCAUUUUGGGAAAUAUAUAAAAACUAUUCCAGACUCUCUGUUUCAGAAACUAAAAACCAGCACAAAACUUAUUCUACACUAAAAAAGCGAACCAAAAAUAUGAAAUAUCUCAAAAAUAAUGAUAAUCAUAGUAAAUAAAGAUAUAAUUAGUUCAUUGUUUGUGUAACGCGCAAUUAAAAUAUUUAAAUGAAAUUAAUGCAUGAAAAAGAAAGAAGUUUCGAGAUACUCUAUAUUAAUUGCAGUAAUACAAAUUACAUUCCAAUAAUAUUGCAAAAUAUAAAUUGCAGCAAUACAGUAGUAAUAAAAAUGAGUAAUACUUGAAAAUAGAAUAGAAAAAUCAUUAUAUUUUAACAUUAUUAUUAAUAUUAAAUGGUUUAUAGUUUUCUUAAUUAUACAAUUAUUUUAUAUAUACUUUAUAAUGGAAAGAAAUUAACAAAUUUUUAAAUGAAUUUUACAUAAAUUUACUGAGAUGAAACUAUUUAUUACAUACAAUGAAUAUAAUUUAUAAUUUUAUUAUAUUAUUGUCUUUAUAUAUAUAUAUAUAUAUAUAUAUAUAGAAAAAAUAUAUUCAUAUUAAUUUUAUAAAAAUAUUUCAUUUUACACAUAUUAUAAAAAUUAAUAAUUUACUUUUUAAACUUAUAUUAUAAAAAUCGAUUUAUUUUUCAAAACAUUUCUUUAUACAUAUAUACCACAAUAUGAAUAUACAUAAAUAUUAUACAAUCAAAUAGGUAUAAAGAAACGAUUAUUUCAAAUAUAUGUUUCAUCUAAAUCAUUGUUACCAUAAAAUAUUCAAAAUUAUUUUCAAUUAUUACUUAUUUAAUUAUUUAUUUAUGUUCUUUGUCUUUUUACAUCAAUGGAAACAUUGGUUUAAUUUUUGAUAAAAACAUAUUAAAGACUCUUAA